CAAAGGAGGGAUUUACCACAUUGUCUGUCAGUGGUGACGCCACCCUUGAAACAGCUGUUGAGGUUGCUGCUACUCUAUCAAUCGGGACAACUGCAGAGGUACCUAAGUUUAUUUCUAGCGCAGUUCAGACACCGGAAAGUGAGGUGACAGAAAAAGAUGCAAGCAGCACAGAGAAACCAUCAGUUGCUUUAAUUUCAAAUGUAACACUCACAGGCGAUAAAAGCUCAGGUGACCAGACCCCUGAUAUGUUUACCAAAGAGUCUGUUACUACAACAGUUUCUUCUGAAUACAGCACAGUCAAAGCAGAACAAAUCACGUCCACGACUAAAGUUUCUUCUCUGUUUAGCACUGAGAAACCUACCACAGCGCAACAGGACACUGCAACAAAAGACAGUGAAAAGACUGCUACAAUUUCAGCAACUUCUCUGUUUAGCACUGAGAAACCAAGUCAUAUAACGACUUCAGUAUCAAAGGAAAUUGCAACAGUGGAGUCUAUAAUGACUGCUGCUGCUAUUACAUUUUCUUCUCUACAUAGUACAGAGAAAACUGCUCAUUUUGAGAUUACCAUCCUAGAGGAGGAGAGCUCAGGAGAUCUGACUUCUGAUAUGUUUACUACUCAGUCAGCUGCCACCCCUCUUUCUCCAGUGUAUGGUACAGUCAGACCAAAACAGCCAGGGGCACCAUCAAGUUCUGAAAUGCCAUCAGUUGUUCCUUUUAUUGAUGAAACAGAGACAAGCACCGCCCCCACUUCAGAAGGGGAUAGAAGGUCAAGUGGUUCAACACCUGAGAUUUUCACUAAGGAGUCAUUUGCAAGAACUGCAUCCACAUCAGAGUCAGUUAGUGCUUUCACUACAACAAGACCAACUGUGACCUCAAGUUCAAUCUUGACCCUUACAGAGGAAGAUGGUUCUGGUGACCAGACCCCUGAUAUGUUUACCAAGGUAUCUACUAUUGCAACAUCUCUGGAUGUCACCUCACAGACAACAAUUGCAAUUGCCCUGCCUUCAGUCACUGCCAUUGUCGAGAAAACAACAGGUUUGAUUUAUACCCUCAGAGAUGAGGGAUCAGGGGACACAGCUGAAAUUAUUCCCCAAGAAUCAUCUACGACUCCCAUUGUUACCCUGAUAGAUCAGACACGGGAACCAAUGGAGACAUCAGCUACAGUGAUCGGAACCUCACAGGAAGCACUCACUGAUAUAACAGAAUCUGGACAGACUAGAGAAACAGGAAGGACAUCAGGUAUUCCCCUUAUUGAUGAUACAGAGAAAAGUUCAAUUCUUGAUAUGUUUACCAAAGACGCUGCAACCACCACGGUCUCCGCUGUUUUCAGUCCAGAGAAACCAGGACAUGUCGGAAUGACAGCAUCACAUGAAUUUGCAACAGAUGAGACCUCAAAGACAGCUCCUACUUCUGCUUUGUCUCUAUAUGGCACAGAGAAAGCAGGACAAGUAACAGAAAAAUCAACAGUUAUCCCUAUUACCGGUGACAUAGAGAUAAGUUCAUUCCUCACCUCUACAGGUGAAGAAUGCUCAGGUGACCAAACAACUGAGAUAUUUACGAUGACUUCCUCUGUGACACCUAUAUCUUCUUUGUAUGGCACAGAAGAAACAGGUUUAGCUAACAUUGCUGUCACAUCAUCCACAUCUCCAGACAUUGAAGAGGUGUUCAAUGACAGUACCGCAGAGGCUUCACUCGUUGAAGAUAAACCUUCAACUGCUCAAACUACCAAACAACUAGAGGGAGAACUUACGUUCCUCAGUACAGCCCCUGACAAAAGUUCAGUCCUCACCACAGAAAAAGGGAGCUCAGGUGAUCAGACACCUGAUAUGUUUACCAAAGACACAGGAACAAUAACAGUUUAUUCUCUGUUCAGUACUAAGAAGCCAAUACAAGUAGUGACUACAGCAUCGCAUGAAACUGCAGCAGCUGAAAUAUCAAAGAUUACAAUCACUUCAGCGUAUUCUCUGUAUAGCACUGAGAAGCCUACCACAGCGUCACAGGAAACUGCAACAGCAGAUAGUAAAAAUACUUCUACAACUAUAGCAACUUCUCUGUUUAGCACUGAGAAGCCAGGACAUAUAACGACGUCAGUAUCACAGGAAACUGCAACAGUGGAGUCGAAAAUGACUGCUGCUGCUGCUACAGUUUCUUCUCUACAUAGUACAGAGGAAACUGCUCAUGUUGAAACUACCAUCCUAGAAGAGGAGAGCUCAGGAGAUCUGACUUCUGAUAUGUUUACUACUCAGUCAGCUGCCACCCUUCUUUCUCUAGUGUAUAGUACAGUCAGACCAGAACAGCUAGAGGUACCAUCAAGCUCAGAAAUGCCAUCAGUUGUUCCCAUUAUUGAUGAAACAGAGACAAGCACCAUCCUCCCUUCAGAAGAGGAUACAAGCUCAGCUGGAGCAACAACUGAGAUGUUCACCAAGGACUCUGUUGCAACAACUUCAUCCACAUCAGAGUCAGUUAGUGCUUUCACUGCAUCAAGACCAACAGUGACCUCAAGUUCAAUCUUGACCCUUACAGAGGAAGAUGGUUCUGGUGACCAGACCACUGAUAUGUUUACCAAGGCACCAGUUUCAACUAUUGAGUUUGUCAGCAGUUAUUCCACUGUUCAUACAUCGACUGGACAGGUGAUGGAACAAAACAGUGCAUCAACACAGUAUACACACAGCCCCUCUUCUCCCAGAGACUUGGAGGGAUCUGGAAUCUCAAAGACAGAGGCUGACCAAGAGACAACUCAGGCAGAGGGAUUAGGUGUGGAGGUAGUAGAUGAGACCACCACUAAACCACAGGACCUGUUCUCUGUAGUCACAGAUGAGACAGAAAUCAAAGAGACCGAGAGUAAAUCUGAGGCUCUAGGUGUUGCAUCCUCAACACAGUCCACACAGCUCAGCCAAGAAUCUACAUCAUCCCAAAACCCUCUAUCCACUAGCACAGCUGAGACAAUAGAAUCAGCUCCUGCUUCAUUGUCUGAGCAAGGAAGUGGAGACUUGACAGAACCCACCAUUUCAGAAAGUGAUGCCACAGAGGGUGAGAGUUCAGGUGAUGACACAUCUGCUAUUACAACAGUCCCACUGCAUACUGCAUCAUCUUCAACAGACUCAUUGGUUACAAAAUCAGUAAGCACUGAAGUAACUCAUGGAACCAAGGGGGUUGAGCAGACAGAAGAACCAACAGGCACAGAUGGACCUUCCGCUGGCCCUGUCUCAAGUGUGACAGCCUCAGUGGUCACAUUCACUGAUGAGGAGAGCUCUGGCUACCUGACACCUGAAAUGUUUACCAAGGAAUCUACUACACCAACAUCACUAGGGUCAGAAGCUUUGAUGAUCACAUCUUUCUCCGCAAUCAUCAAAAUUGACCAAUUCCAAAGCACAACUGUAGGAACAGUCAUCACACCCACAGAAGAAAUAGAUGAAUCACCCAUAGAAUCUCCCACUGCAGCAGUUGAAACUUUGGCGCCUUCUGUGGACCAAGCAGCUGGACUAGCAAGCACAUCAUCACCAUUUUUCACUACAUUCACUUACGUAGACAUGGGGGUCUCGGGAAUCUCAGCAGCAGAUGACGACCAGGAGACAAGUAAACCUGAAGGGACAGUUGAGGAGGCACCAGUGGAAACCACCACUAAACCACAGUACCAGUUCACUGUAGCAACCGAUGAGAAUGAAAUCAGAGAGACUGAGAGCACAGCUGAGAGUCCAAGUAAUGUUUCUUCAAUAGAGAUCACACAGUCCCAAGAAUCCACAUCAACCCAAUCUCCUUUCAUGUCAAGCACAGGUAAACCAACAGAGGCUUCCACAGCCUCCUUCACAGAGCAGGGUAGUGGUGACUUAACAAUAGACUCUAUAGCUGAGGAUGAACAGAGAGAGCACGAGAGUUCAGGUGAAGACAUCUUAGAUGUGUCCACUAAACAACCUGCAAGCACGACUGCUCCUCUCCUGUCUAGUCCAGCAACAACAAAGGAGGAAUUUACCACAUUGUCUGUCAGUGGUGACACCACCCUUGAAACAGCUGUUGAGGUUGCUGCUACUCUAUCAAUCGGUACAACUGCAGAGGUACCUAAGUUUAUUUCUAGCGCAGUUCAGACACCGGAAAGUGAGAUGACAGAAAAAGAUGCAAGCAGCACAGAGAAACCAUCAGUUGCUUUAAUUUCAAAUGUAACACUCACAGGCGAUAAAAGCUCAGGUGACCAGACCCCUGAUAUGUUUACCAAAGAGUCUGUUACUACAACAGUUUCUUCUGAAUACAGCACAGUCAAAGCAGAACAAAUGACGUCCACGACUAAAGUUUCUUCUCUGUUUAGCACUGAGAAACCUACCACAGCGCAACAGGACACUGCAACAAAAGACAGUGAAAAGACUGCUACAAUUUCAGCAGCUUCUCUGUUUAGCACUGAGAAACCAAGUCAUAUAACGACUUCAGUAUCAAAGGAAAUUGCAACAGUGGAGUCGAUAAUGACUGCUGCUGCUAAUACAUUUUCUUCUCUACAUAGUACAGAGAAAAUUGCUAAUUUUGAGACUACCAUCCUAGAGGAGGAGAGCUCAGGAGAUCUGACUUCUGAUAUGUUUACUACUCAGUCAGCUGCCACCCUUCUUUCUCUAGUGUAUAGUACAGUCAGACCAGAACAGCCAGAGGUACCAUCAAGCUCAGAAAUGCCGUCAGUUGUUCCCAUUAUUGAUGAAACAGAGACAAGCACCAUCCUCCCUUCAGAAGAGGAUACAAGCUCAGCUGGAGCAACAACUGAGAUGUUCACCAAGAACUCUGUUGCAACAACUUCAUCCACAUCAGAGUCAGUUAGUGCUUUCACUGCAUCAAGACCAAUAGUGACCUCAAGUUCAAUCUUGACCCUUACAGAGGAAGAUGGUUCUGGUGACCAGACCACUGAUAUGUUUACCAAGGCACCAGUCUCAUCGAUUGAGUUUGUCAGCAGUUAUACCACUGUUCAUUCGUCGACUGGACAGGUGAUGGAACAAACCAGUGCAUCAGCACAGUAUACCCACAGCACCUCUUCAUCCAGAGACUUGGAGGGAUCUGGAAUCUCAAAGACAGAGGAUGACCAAGAGACAACUCAGGUAGAGGGAUUAGGUGUGGAGGUAGCAGAUGAGACCACCACUAAACCACAGGACCUGUUCUCUGUAGUCACAGAUGAGACAGAAAUCAAAGAGACCGAGAGUAAAUCUGAGGCUCUAGGUGUUGCAUCCUCAACACAGUCCACACAGCUCAGCCAAGAAUCUACAUCAUCCCAAAACCCUCUAUCCACUAGCACAGCUGAGACAAUAGAAUCAGCUACUGCUUCAUUGUCUGAGCAAGGAAGUGGAGACUUGACAGAACCCUCUAUUUCAGAAAGUGAUGCCACAGAGGGUGAAAGUUCAGGUGAUGACACAUCUGCUAUUAUAACAGUCCCACUGCAUACUACAUCAUCUUCAACAGACUCAUUGGUUACAAAAUCAGUAAGCACUGAAGUAACUAAUGGAACCAAGGGGGUUGAGCAGACAGAAGAACCAACAGACACAGAUGGACCUUCAGCUGGCCCUGUCUCAAGUGUGACAGCCUCAGUGGUCACAUUCACUGAUGAGGAGAGUUCUGGCUACCUGACACCUGAAAUGUUUACCAAGGAAACUACUACACCAACAUCACUAGGGUCAGAAGCUUUGAUGAUUGCGGAGGAAGAUGUGAUCAUCAGCAUUGACCAAUUCCAAAGCACAACUGUAGGAAAAGUCAUCACACCCACAGAGGAAAUAGAUGAAUCACCCAAAGAAUCUCCCACUGCAGCAGUUGAGACUUUGGAGCCUUCUGUGGACCAAGCAGCUGGACUAGCAAGCACAUCAUCACCAUUUUUCACUGCAUUCAGUUACGUAGACAUGGGGGUCUCGGGAAUCUCAGCAGCAGAUGACGACCAGGAGACAAGUAAACCUGAAGGGACAGUUGAGGAGGCACCAGUGGAAACCACCACUAAACCACAGUACCAGUUCACUGUAGCAACCGAUGAGAAUGAAAUCAGAGACAUUGAGAGCACAUCUGAGAGUUCAAGUAAUGUUUCUUCAAUAGAGAUCACACAGUCCCAUGAAUCCACAUCAACCCAAUCUCCUUCCAUGUCAAGCACAGGUAAACCAACAGAGGCUUCCACAGCCUCCUUCACAGAGCAGGGUAGUGGUGACUUGACAAUAGACUCUAUAGCUGAGGAUGAACUGAGAGAGCAUGAAAGUUCAGGUGAAGACAUCUCAGAUGUGUUCAGUAAGCAACCUGCAAGCACGACUGCUCCUCUCCUGUCUAGUCCAGCAACAACAAAGGAGGAAUUUACCACAUUGUCUGUCAGUGGUGACGCCACCCUUGAAACAGCUGUUGAGGUUGCUGCUACUCUAUCAAUCGGCACAACUGCAGAGGUACCUACGUUUAUUUCUAGCGCAGUUCAGACACCGGAAAGUGAGGUGACAGAAAAAGAUGCAAGCAGCACAGAGAAACCAUCAGUUGCUUUCAUUUCAAAUGUAACACUCACAGGCAAUAAAAGCUCAGGUGACCAGACCCCUGAUAUGUUUACCAAAGAGUCUGUUACUACAACAGUUUAUUCUGAAUACAGCACAGUCAAAGCAGAACAAAUGACGUCCACGACUAAAGUUUCUUCUCUGUUUAGCCCUGAGAAGCUAAAACAAAUAUUGACCAGAGAACCUCAUGAAACUGCAACAGCUGAGACUGCAAGUAAUGCUACAAAUACAACUUCUUCUCUGUAUAGCACUGAGAAACCUACCACAGCGCAACAGGACACUGCAACAAAAGACAGUGAAAAGACUGCUACAAUUUCAGCAACUUCUCUGUUUAGCACUGAGAAACCAAGUCAUAUAACGACUUCAGUAUCAAAGGAAAUUGCAACAGUGGAGUCAAUAAUGACUGCUGCUGCUAAUACAUUUUCUUCUCUACAUAGUACAGAGAAAAUUGCUCAUUUUCAGACUACCAUCCUAGAGGAGGAGAGCUCAGGAGAUCUGACUUCUGAUAUGUUUACUACUCAGUCAGCUGCCACCCCUCUUUCUCCAGUGUAUGGUACAGUCAGACCAAAACAGCCAGGGGCACCAUCAAGUUCUGAAAUGCCAUCAGUUGUUCCUUUUAUUGAUGAAACAGAGACAAGCACCGCCCCCACUUCAGAAGGGGAUAGAAGGUCAAGUGGUUCAACACCUGAGAUUUUCACGAAGGAGUCAUUUGCAACAACUGCAUCCACAUCAGAGUCAGUUAGUGCUUUCACUACAACAAGACCAACUGUGACCUCAAGUUCAAUCUUGACCAUUACAGAAGACGAUGGUUCUGGUGACCAGACCCCUGAUAUGUUUGCCAAGGUAUCUACUAUUGCAACAUCUCUGGAUGUCACCUCACAGACAACAAUUGCAAUUGCCCUGCCUUCAGUCACUGCCAUUGUCGAGAAAACAACAGGUUUGAUUUAUACCCUCAGAGAUGAGGGAUCAGGGGACACAGCUGAAAUUAUUCCUGAAGAAUCAUCUAUGACUCCCAUUGUUACCCUGAUAGAUCAGACACGGGAACCAAUGGAGACAUCAGCUACAGUGAUCGGAAUCUCACAGGAAGCACUCACUGAUAUAACAGAUUCUGGACAGACUAGAGCAAAAGGAACAACAUCAGUUGUUCCCAUUUUUUAUGAAACAGAGACAAGCACCAUCCUUACUUCAGAAGAGGAUACAAGCUCAGCUGCAGCAACAACUGAGAUGCUCACCAAGGACUCUGUUGCAACAACUGCAUCCACAUCAGAGUCAGUUAGUGCUUUCACCUCAUCAAGUCCAAAAGAGACCACAAGUUCAAUCUUGACCCUUACAGAGGAGGAUGGUUCUGGUGACCAGACCUCUGAUACGUUUACCAAGGCACCAGUCUCAACGAUGGAGUUUAUCAGUAGUUAUACCACUGUUCAUACAUCGACUGGACAGUUGAUGGAACAAACCGAGGCAUCAACACAUUCUACCCACCUCACCUCUUCACCCAUGGACUUGGAGGGAUCUGGAAUCUCAAAGACAGAGGAUGACCAAGAGACAACUCAGGCAGAGGGUUCAGGUGAGGAGGUAGUAGUUGAGACCGCCACUGAACCACAUGACCUAUUCACGGUAGCCACAGAUGAGACCGAAAUUAGAGAGACUGAAAGCACAUCUUGGACAUCAAAUGUUGAUGCUUCAAAAGAGUUCACACAGUCACAGGAAUCCACAUCAACCCAAUCUCCUUCCAUGUUAAUAACAGGUAAACCAUCAGAGGCUUCCACAGUCUCUUUCACAGAGAAUGGUAGUGGUGACUUGACAAUUGACUCUACAGUUGAGAAUGAUGGUACAGAGGAUGAGAGUUCAGGUGAAGACAAUUUAGACGUGUCCACUAAGCAACCUGCAAGCACGACUGCUCAUCUCCUGUCUAGUCCAGCAACAACAAUGGAGGAAUUUACCACAUUGUCUGUCAGCAGUGUCACCAGCCUAGAAACAGCUGUUGAGGUCGAUGAAACCCUAUCAUCUGGCACAACUGCAGAGGUACCUAAGUUUAUUUCUAUCACAGCUCAGACCCCGGAAAGUGAGGUGACAGAAAGAAAAACAAGCAGUACAAAGAAAUCAUCAGUUGCCUUAAUUUCAGAUGAAAGCUCAGGUGACCAGACCUCUGAUAUGUUUACCAAGGAAACAGCCCAAACAGAAUCCAUUGUGUCAAACACACCAGGCCCAGAUGAUGAGGGUCAUGUCAGCCCAGAUACUGAAACCCCCAUCAGUCCAGAUGCUACACAGCCCCCUGCUACUGUGAAUGAUCGCACAACUAUGACUGAUAGCACAACUAUGAGUGACCGUACAACACACCGAUUCCAUAUAACCGAAAGAGACCAUACUACGACGAGAGCCCGUACAACAGUGAGUGAUCAUUCAACUGUUGGAGACCACACAGUAGCAAGAGACCACACAACUGUCAGAGACCAUACAACAGUGCCUUUUAGAUUACAGUCAUCCACAUUCACUGCUCUCCCCUCUAUUAUGUACCAGGGUGUUACUGACCAGCAGGUCACCUCAACAAGCAGCCAAACCAAAACUGACCAGACCCCCACCAUGGUGGUGCACGGUACGAAACCAUCAACAAGCACAGUUAUCAUAUUUACAGAGGAGGCCGGAGAUGAGGACACACUGUUCUCCACUGUUACAGAGAGCAUGACCACAACCCCUGAGAUUAUCACUAAAGAUGAAACCAUAAUUGACGCUGAUACUGUGGCAAUGGUUGAACUCUCCUCACCUCUCUACCCCACCAUCUUUACAGAGGAAGCAUGGGGAGUCACAGCCAUUACCAUGACACCACAGUCCUCAAUUACAAUGACAAAAGAACCUGAAGGGUCUGGGACAGAUGACUGUUUGUCUUCCACAAUUGACUCACUGAGUCUGGCCACAACACAAAUCCCAUCAGUCACCUCUGUAGAUAUAUCUGCAGAGGCAAGUGCUAAGACAACAAGAAGGUCUGCAAAAGUUAAACAUUCAGAGAUUGUGAGAACGACCACCUCGUCAUCUGUAGAGGAUGUUUUUAGUGAGGUGUCUACUUCAGUGUUUGUGUCCUCUGUAGCUCAAACCACCCAAACCAGAGCUCUAUCCACGGAGUCCAGCUCUCAGACGGCAUUCACCACACCAACUGUGUUUAUUGAUGAGUUCUCCGGAGAUGGUGUCACUGGUGAGGAGUCUGAUACAGAGCCUACUCCUUCUGCCCCUGUAUCAUCCCAAGCAUCAACUCUCCCCAUAGAUACAAGCUCACAGACCACAGUUAGCAGUGAGGAAUUCCCGACAGAUGCAAUUGAAUUAUCCACCACCCCUUCUCCUAUUACUGUUAAAGCUAGAGUAGAAGACACAUCUGAUGAGCAUUCUGAAGUGGAGGCCACAACAACUUCAUCUAGUUCCACCCAAGCCACCAAGGUGUCUGACACUCCUACACAACAUACGCCAGUGUCCACUGAAGAAGACAAAGGGACUGUGAAACCAACCAGCCCAUUGCCUGUUGAUGAGUCUUCAGGAGAAGACGACUCUGAAGGCUCUGGAUCUGAGACCUUCACCUCUGUAGUGGAGACCUCCCAAACCACAAUCCCCACCUCAACAGCUGCUAAGGAGGGUGACGCGACAGAGAUUAACAUUCUAGUACCUUCAUCUUUAGAGGAGGGCAUCUCUGGGGAUGACAUGAAGACUUCAAAUCCCAAACCCUCUGAAGCCACUUCCUCUCUGUAUAGCAAAGAUAAACCAUCAGUUGCUUCCAUUUUGGAUUUAACCUCCACAGAUGAAGAACGCUUUGGUGACCCAACCCCUAAAACGUUUACCAAAGAGUCUGUUACUGUACGUUUACAAAUGACAUCCACAACUACGGUUUAUUCUCUGUUUAGCACUGAGAAACCUUCACUUUCUUCCAUUUCGGAUAUAACCUCCACAGACGAAGAGAGCUCUGGUGACCAUACCCCUGAGAAUUUUAGUAAAGCGUCUAAAACAACCACCGUUUCUCCAGUUGACAGCACUGUCAAAAUGGAGCAGGUAACAGCCACAACAAUGUCACCUGAAAAAGCAACAGCAGAGAUUGAAAAGACUACAACUACUACAGGGUCGUCUCUGUUUAGGACUGAGAAAACAGAGAAAGCUUCCUCCCAGGCAAGUUUGUCUGUCCAUUCCACUGUUGCGCCAUCUGUAAUGCUCCAUGUGGUGGACCAGUUUGUCACAGAUUUUGUCCCCGAGGUGGACGUGACAAAACUUGAAGAAUCUUUCCAACAGGCUAGGUCUGAGAUUGCAUUUACCCAACAUGCAUCUACCCAUACCUCUGCUAUGUCAGUCACUACAACAGCUUCUUCUGUACACAGCACUGUCAAAGCAGAACAAGUGACAACCACGGUAAGGCCACAUGUGAUGUCACCAGAAGAGACUGCAGCCAUUGAUCCGACAGAAACACCAACAGAUGACAUAGAAACAGGUUCUACAGAUGAAGAGAGUUCUGGAGAUGAGACAAGUCCGAUGACCACCCAGGAGUCUCCUGUAACAGAAGCUCAUUUACACAGUAGCACAGCCAAGCCAUUGCAGACAUCAACAUCAGCUGUCUAUGAAUCCGUGGCUGACCUUACCUCUCCUGAAACAACUGCUGAUAGUGAAGAAACCAAACAGACAGACCUAUCUAACACAGGACAGCCAUCAUAUAUUGCCAGUUCAGUGAAAAGCACAGUGAUCUCAGUCCUACCUGAUAAAGAUAAGGAGAGCUCAGGUGACCAAACCCUUGACAUUUUUACCAAAGACUUACCAACUACUACAGUUUCCUCUCUGUUUAGUCCAGAGGAACCUACAACAACAUCACAGGAAACUGUAACAGAGGAGAGUGAAGUCACUGAGCAAACUGAGAGACCAUCAGGCUCUGGAAAACCAUCAGCUACCAUCUCUGUCUUACCUUCCACAGAUGACCAGAGCUCAGGUCACCAGACAAGUGAGGGUUUCACUACAGACGAUUCUUCAACAGAAGAUCCUCUCUUGGCUAGCACAGUGCAGGCAUUUGCCUCUGUCUAUUCCACUGAGGCAGCAUCAGAGUCUGACGUGGUGGUCCAGUUUGUCACAACAUUUGCCCCCAUACCAGACAUGACAACACCAGAGGAAUCAUUUGAACAGGCCAGGUCGGAGAUAACAUUUACUCAUCGUCCUCAUACUGAUCUCUCUUCUGAGGAAACAGCAUUGCCUACAACCAGUCCCAUGCUGCCUAAGGAAGAUUCAAGCCAGUCUUUAGAAACUAUAACUGCACCUGCACAGAGCUCAGAAUCAACUUUUGUCUCUACUGCUUCUUCAGUGACUGAUGCUGUUUUACCCACACCAGAGGCAGAGGAACAAGUUGAAGCUUCAAGCCAGGUACCUACAACAGAGGAGGCAGAACAAGAGGCUGCGGUUGAAGAGACAAGCGUUCCUAUCAUUGUUUCUCCGCUAACUGAGAAGGUAUUAGAAACUAAAGUGAACAGCACACCAUCUGCAAUGACAUACAUUUAUGAAAUGGUGGACUAUGAAAGUACCUCAGAGCCAGUACAGGUUAAAUCUAUACCUUCCGUCGUUAUAACCACCACAAAGCCUGAGGUGGAAGCAACAGCGCUCAGAACUGCCCCAACGCAGAAUGUCCCAACACAGACUGUCCCAACACAGAAUAUUCAGAGUGUGUCAUCGAGUUCAGAGAGCAGAUCAGAUGAACUGUCCAGCCCAUCUGUGACUCAAUCAGUAUUAUCCUCCUAUAGCUCAGAAAGCAGUUUGGAGGAAAAGUUGACAAUUGCUUCAACCUUGAAGCCAGAGAAUGACACAACAGAGGAGACCACCCCAUCCCUCUUUGUGACUCAGACAGAACUGACAGCCGCCGUCACUGGUUCACCCUCUCUCACGACUUCUAGUGUUGAAAUUAAGUCAGCCGGUUCUGAGAGCAGUCCAGAAGAAAAUACAGUUUCUGAGAAGCCAGAGAUUGACACUGUGGAGGAAACCACCCAAUCGUUGGCACAGAUUCAGACCGGGGUUUUGCCAGGUGUCACCAGUCCACCAUCUCGCCAGUCUCCAGCCGACCCCGGAGCGGAGUCCCUUAGUGUCGUAAGCUCCUCUGAGAAACAUGAAGCACAGGGUGAAAUUGAGGAAGUUGUUACUCCUACCACGGAGAUGCCAACGAGGGAAAAGCCAGAGUACACAACUGAAUCGCCAGCAGGAACACAGAACCAGCCAGAAUCAGUUGCUACAAUCCACAGUAUUCCUUCAUCUGUGUCUGCGGAGGAGGAAACCAUGGACUAUGAUAAUGUAUCAGGACCUACGUUAGUCGAGGGUGAACCCCCCAUCAAGGGAGUAGAAACUACCACUUCAGCUGAGACCAGACUGGAUUUGGGGCACACGAUCGUUGGCGAGACAAUUGAAAUUGCAGGCAUCCACUCCUGCACUGAGAACAUUUGUCUGAAUGGGGGCUCUUGCUACAGACGCGGAAGUCUCCCCUCUUGCAGCUGUGCCCCUGGCUACAGUGGAGAUCAUUGUGAAACAGACAUUGAUGAAUGUCAGUCCAAUCCCUGUCACAACGGAGCUACAUGUGUUGACGGCCUGAAUUCCUUCACCUGUGUUUGCCUCUCAAGCUACGCUGGACUCUAUUGUGAAGAAGACACUGAGACGUGUGACUAUGGCUGGCACAAGUUCCAGGGCCACUGCUACAAGUACAUCCCCCAGAGGAGGAACUGGGACACAGCGGAGAGAGAGUGCCGGGUACAGGGGUCACACCUGGCCAGCAUCCUCUCCCAUGAUGAGCAGCAGUUUGUCAACCGCCUUGGACAGGACUACCAGUGGAUCGGCUUGAACGAUAAGAUGUACGAGAAUGACUUCCGCUGGACCGACAGCACGCCCAUGCAAUAUGAGAACUGGCGUCCCAACCAGCCAGACAGUUUCUUCUCAUCUGGAGAGGACUGUGUGGUGAUGAUCUGGCACGAGGACGGCCAGUGGAAUGACGUGCCUUGCAACUACCAUCUCACCUUCACCUGCAAGAAAGGCACAGCCAUUCAUUCUCCCAUCAACCCUUGUGUGUUCUUCCCAGUGGCCUGUAACCAGCCCCCUCUGGUACAGAACACUCGUACCUUCGGCAGAAAGAGGUCACGCUAUGAGAUCAACGCACUAGUGAGGUACCAGUGUAGGGACGGUUUCAUCCAGAGGCACGUGCCAACCAUCCGUUGCCGUGAAGACGGUCGAUGGGACAUCCCCAAAAUCGCCUGCAUCAGUCCAUCAAACUUCCAGAGGGCCUUUGCGAGGAGGCAGAGUUACAGCCUGUUCAGUAGCAACAAAUAUAAGCGGCGGUCUGACGAGGCGGCGGCCCGACAUCAUCCUCACCAUCGAGGAAGGAGAGAGCGGAGAGGCAAAAGACAAGCAGAAUACAAUGAUCGCCAUGGUUACGCUAGGUUACGUUUACUCAGAACUAGCAGAGCCUAAACCAUAGGAACGCAGGACUGUUAGUUAUGUGGAUAUAUAUAUAUUUUUUUUAAUCGAAUUAAAACAUUUUAAGAACUUUAAAGAAUGAAAGGACAAAAAGAAGAAACCCAAAGGAUAUUUACAAUUUUUCUUGCUAUUUUGAUGGUGGAAUCUUGGAAUGAUGUGAUUUUAAAGAAUAUUCUUAUAAAGGGACACUAUUUUAUAACAAAGCCAAAGUGGAUACCUUCAGUUGGCUACUGGGAAAGUGUGCUGGAGAUGUACUUUGGACCAAAUAAUGCAUUCAUCCGUAACUAUACGAUUUUCUCCAUUUUAUACAGACAGGAGAGCGUUCAACUCUUACAUUGGGAAAAAGAUACCGUCAAAUUCCAGCUUUUGUGAAAUUAUAGCGCUUAUGUUAUGCAAAAGAAUACAAUUAAUUUACAAAUCGUCUGUGCUACUCAGGCACUGACAAUCAAAUGAAUCCACAGUACGCAAUCCAUCUCUCUCUUCUCAACAUUAUUCCGGGAAUGACAUUUCAAAGAAAGAGGUUCUAUACUUGUGUUUAUCUUGUUGUUACACAUGAUUACUGUAUGCAAUACCAAUACCACGCUUGGGACUAUCCGAUGACACACGUCACUGACCAGCCAGAUUUCAGAUCACAGAAAGAAAAACUGAAACAUGGCGAAGGCCCAUCCAAUCAGAAUUUAGAUAGCUGGAGUCCUUUUAUCACUAGCUCUUUGUCAUCAGCUGCGGUCUUCAUCCCGUCUCAUCCAUAGAUAUAUAAAGAAUAUAUGAUGCGAUGAUGAUGGGUUAAUAUUUGUGCACAUCCAUUUAACACUUUUGCUUUCUAUUGUAUGUUGAGAAACUAGAGAGGAGAUUUCUAAGUAUUAUUUGACUGAGGGCCAAAUGAGUGUCUCCUCCUAAGCCCUAAAGGCCUUAUACAUUGAAGUGAAGCCAUCGACCUGUAAAUUAUUUGACUGUGUUGAAUGAAACUAUAGAAGGGAAAGGAGGGUUAUGGAAUGUAUGUUUUCUAGACAAUAUAACCUGGAAUUCCUUGCUACGUUUACAACAAAUGCGAGGUAUUUUAAUGUUACUAAAACAAUGUUAUAAAAAUCCUUUAAAAAAUUAGCUUUGCUUCUGUUCUGCCCGAGGGGGUAACUUUUCUGUUUCCUGACACUGUAGGCGACUCAAGCUCUUCGCUUCCAUGUGCUGUUUUCUUAGGUCAAUGUAAAACUACUAUUGAGAGAAUGUACUUAGUGAAACACUUCGAAAGACUUGAACCAACACCUUUUUUAAUAAAAGAUACAAAUAAUUUAUUUUUUCAAGCUGCUCUUCUUGCUACGUAAUUGUUUUGUAAGUGAAAUAUUCUGACGAUGCAAUCACUUGGUCUUACUUGUCUCAAUACUAGAAUGUAUUUACAUGCUUUGUAGGAGACAGCUAACAUCGCAGUAUCUGAGUCAAUGUGAUGAAGAUAUUCCUUUAUUACACACUACGCUAGAUAGGCCUUAUAGUAUGACAUUUAGGGGUCAACAAUGGACCAAAGAGUAGGGCUUCAAUCAGCUGAAAUUGCAGUGUUUCUGUCACAAAACACUUUGUACAGAUUUAGUGUUGCACAAUUGAUGACGGUCAUCCAGCAGUUGUUGUUUGUCUUUUUUUAUUUGUGUUUUAGCAUCAAAGUGCACAUAAUAACAUUUACAGUAUAACUUUUUUUUUACAAUGUGAAAGUCUGGGAUGUUCGAGAAAUACAUUUCUAAAUGAAACAAAACUGUUUUACCUGCUCUCAGUCGCCAAAGAAAUAAAAUAAAAAGUUUGCCAAUUUUA